ACCCACUCUACUCUGUGUCUUUAUGGAGGACUAUGAUGUGGACAUGGAUGAGGAAGAGGAGGGAGAAGUAUUCACUAGAAAGGCCACAACAUGCCACUGGUGGGAGGACAUACAGCAUCAGGGAGGAAGAAGAGGCUGCAUGGUAAACAGUCGCAGCUGGGCUGAGGAGCUUAAGGAUAUCUUUGCACCACAGGCAGAACACUGUCACAGUGGAGCACGAACCAGGCUGUCCAGCAUCUCUGCCCAGAGGAAUGAGAGAGAGUCCAUCAGGCAGAAACUUGCCCUUGGCAGUUUCUAUGACGACGAGCCAGUCAUCUACACCAGCUGCAGCAAGAACGGCCCUUCGUCUCGGCUGCAGAGUGGGGUGAACUUGCAGGUGUGUUUUGUUAACGACAGCAGCAGCGACAAAGACAGCGAUGCUGAAGACAGCAGGACAGAGACCAGCCUAGACACACCACUGUCACCUGUGAGUAAGCAGAGCUCAUCGUUAUCGGACCGGGACACUGGAGAGGAAGAUUCAGAUCCUUUAGAUGACUGCGGUGGGUUUUGGCGAGUGCAGCGAAGGCUGCAGGAGGAGGCCCGUGUGGCGUUGGCUCUGGCUCGACCCAUGGCCCGCAUGCAGGUGGAGGUGGAGAGGCAGAUCCAACUGCACAGACGUUCACCUGUGGCUGACUUGCUUCCCCAUAUGCCCCACAUCAGUGAGGGUUUAAUGAAGAGGAAUCUGAGGCAAGGGGACAUGAGAGACAUGAGUCUGGGACAGCUGCAAGUCAUCACGAAUGACUUGCACUCACAGAUUCAGAGUCUAAAUGAGGAGCUGGUACAGCUGCUGCUGCUGAGGGAUGAGCUGCAUGUGGAGCAGGACGCUAUGCUAGUGGACAUAGAGGACCUCACCAGGCAUGCACAUAGCCACCAGCGGCACCAGCCAGAGAAAGCCAUCUCUAAAUGAACACCUUGUCUACACACGUGUCUGUAUGCACGCCGUCUGAUUUCCCACUCUACAGACUGUUACCAGUGUUGCUAAUCUUCAUCUGUGCUGACUGUAUCUGGAGAGUUGAAUACAGCAUAUAGAGUAGUAUUAAGACACUGUAAUAUGUUGCACCUCAUGAUGCUGUAUUAAAACCUCAAAACAUCCACAUGCGUAAGAGCACCAAUUUCAGUAUCGACACAGAUGAGUUUGUACAGGCUUUUCACUUCCACUCAGCAUGAUUAUCCCUGUCAUAUUUCAUAGAAUUAGGAGAUUCAUUUGGUUCCAUCCGUGACCUUUAUUUAGUACUUCAUGAUUUUGCAGUACACCUAUUUAUGGUACAGCUGGGCUGGAGAAAGCACCACCAUGCCUUGUGUCUCUUGUUUUUAUGAAAAAGGAUGAGAGGUUGUGGUCUUUUGUUUGACUAUAAUAAUCAAAAGGGUGGUUUGGUUGAUAGAAAUGCUCUGUUCACUCGUAUGUCAUUCAUUUCACCAAAAAGCACUGUGACAUUGCUGCUUAUCACCUGCAUUCACUAUCAAGCAUCACAUGGUCUGGUAUAAUAGGAAAUGAUAAGUACUCUGUAUUUGUUAAAUUUCAGCAACCGCUUUCCAGAGGUUACAUAAAAGUCUUUAGGAUUCAAACCUUAAUAUAACUAAGUAGCUGCUACACUUUCCACUUGCAUUAAAGAUGUAUUUAGAGCUUCACUGGACAGUAUUGUGAACUUUAUUUAGACAAAUUUGUAUUUGUCAAAUGUGAUGACCUGCUCAGUACAAUACACAAAAAGUUGUUUUUUUUUUUUUCUUCAGAGUUGACACAAAGCUGGAAAAAGGAAAAGUGGGGGCAUCUUCAUAUAGACAGCCUCUUAAUAGAAAUAUGCAAUGCCAUUUUGUUAAUUUAAUAAAGAUCAGAAAUGAUAAACACAAAGAAAAUGUAAAACAUAUAUUAAUAAAUCACAGCCUAAGCAUAUAUCUAUUUUAUCUGUUUAAAAUGUUUAUGUAUGUAAAUGUUAAAUAUAUACUUUAUUAAAAGGAUUAACAACAUGCCUUGUUGUGUUUCAGUGUUUUAGCUCUAAGCUUUUUAAGAAUGUCAUUUAACACAAAGUCAAACUUUGAUUUCUAUUGUUUGCUUCAUGAACACAUGUAUUCUAUAAUGAUUGUAAAAAAAAAAAAAAAAAAAAAACCAAGAAAAAAACA